GGCGGGGUUUCCCCCCCUCGCGCGCGCUGCUCACGUGGUCACCGGGAGGGGGCGGGAAGCAGAGGCGGAAGAAGGCGCCGGUGGAUGGGCGCGCGCUGGCGAUUUUGUAUUUUGUACAUACAUUGUUUUGUAUAUACUGUAUAUGAUGACUUCAGUGGGCAGUGAGCGUAUCCGGGGCACUCGGGACAAAAUGCAAAUUUCAGCGACACCGCCAACACAACCACAGAAACAAAUAGUACAGGCAACAGCAGAACAGAUUCGCCUUGCUCAGAUGAUCUAUGAUCAGAAUGACGCAGAUUUUGAAGAUAAAGUGAAACAACUUAUGGAAGUGACGGGGAAAAGCCAGGAUGAAUGCAUAGUGGCACUACAUGAUUGUAAUGGGGAUGUAAACAGAGCAAUCAACAUACUGCUGGAAGGAAGUUCAGACACGACUUCUUGGGAGACUGUAGGGGGAAAGAAGAAAAGCCUUGGAAAGGAAGGUUCAGAAAACAAAGAGAACAGAGAGAAACGAGGGGACAGAGAAGUGAGUCGUGGACGGGGAAGUUCCAACAGACGGGGAAGAGGAGGCAGCCGUGGACGAGAGUUUAGAGCUGAAGAGAAUGGAGUGGACAGCAGUCAAAGAGACAAGCCUUCAGACCGUGGGAAACGUGGCCGUGGGAGAGGGAUUGGACGUGGCAGAGGGAGAGGAACGGGGAGGUUUUCAACCCAAGGCAUGGGGACAUUUAAUCCUGCAGACUAUACGGAGUCUUCUGUCACUGAUGGCUUUGGGAUAAAGUCAGAGAUCUGGGAGACUGGUCAGAAUGAUGGAGAUGAUGGAACUGAGCCCACACAGAGGGGAUGUUACCUUGCCCAGGAUCUGCCAAAUAAUUUUGGAUUCCAAGGAGCAUGGAAAAACUCAGUAGAGGAAUGGACAGCAGAAGACUGGAAUGAAGAUCUUUCUGAAACAAAAGUCUUCACUGCAUCUUCUGUUUCAGCUGAGAAUCGUGUCACUCCUGGGCAAAGCAUUGAUUUGGUGACACUACUUCAAAAGCCAGUGACAUCGACUCAAGAGACAGAAAGCUCCUCAUUUGAGUCUCCCCAGCAGCAGACCUUUGGUCAAGCCUUAGUAUUCACAAAUUCUCAGCACAGCACCCAGAUGGCAUCAGGAACAGGCAGCUCCAGUGCUGUAAACUCUUAUUCUCAAAGUCUGUCGGCUGUUCUUUGUUCUGGCUUUGGAGAGCUCAGAUCCUCUAAACUGGCAAACUCUACUGGUUCCCAAAUCUUGGACCAAUUGAAAUCACCAGGACUGAGUCAGCUUACCUCUCAACAAACCAAUAGCAGUUCUGCCACAGCUAGCACAGUUCCUGUGUCAUCCUGGGAUCUAAAACCACCUAGUACUCAAUCCUCCGUCCUCAGUCAGUUUGACUUUAAAUCCCAGCCUGAGCCAUCUCCAGUUCUGAGCCAGCUGACCCAGCGGCAGCAACAAAUGCAGGUGGUUCCCGUUCCUCCUCCUGGGCUGGAGUCAUCCUCCUCCCAUGUAAAACUCCGAGAACCAUCACCGGUAGACACCUCUACAGCUGUUAGCAAAAUAUUACAGCUCCCCACUCUCUCUGUGGAUAACCAGGCAGUGACUGUUCAUCAAACCCAGCAGAAACAGAUCAAACCACCAAAAAGGAGGUUAACUCCAGCAUCCAAGAUUCCUGCCUCUGCUGUGGAGAUGCCUGGAUCAGCAGACAUGACAGGGUUAAAUGUUCAGUUUGGAGCUCUUGAGUUUGGAUCAGAGCCUACACUUCCAGAGUUUGGAUCAACUUCAAGCAGUGAGAGUACCAGCCAGGCGACCAACAAUAGCUUAUAUUCAAAAUCUGUAAAGUAUGUUGAUCCUUUGAAUACCUCUUUGCCAAUAUCCAAUACAGUACAGGACUCCACCUACACAACCUCUGCCAUCAGCUCUUCCAGUCUGACCUGCUCAUCCCAGCGCACUAGCCCUGUAACCACUUCCUCCUAUGACCCGACUUUGGUGCAUAGCAGGAUAGCAUACCAAAGCUCCAUGGCUCCAUCUGAACCAACCACUGUUGCAGUUACGAACGGGCACAGUGUUGUUAGGACACAGGCAACACUUGACACUACUUCAUCAGUUGCAGCACCCAAGACAGAGCCUUCCCCCUCACUACCUUCAUCUGGUUCUCUGCCCAGUGUGGUGUCCACCACAACCUCGCUUCUGCCUUCAGCAUCACAGCACGUGGCAGCAUUGCCCAGUUUGUCUCAGUCCAGUGAUCUGGCCAGCAGCUCACUCUCCCAGCUGAACAGCUCCCUUUCCAGUCAUCAGAGCAGCCUCUCUCCUGCCUUAGUGUUGUCUUCAAGCACAUCACAUGUGGUAAGUCCUGUUAGUAUUAAAACAAGUGCUUGGCAAAUAGUUUAUCUCAUAAUUAGGCCAUCUCUUUAAGUUGGAUGUGUCUCAGUACCUCAGAAACCAAAACAAGGGAAGAAGGACUGUCAGCCCUCUAGUGGGGGAAAAGUGAUAACCACUUGUGAUUUGUACUAGAUCAGGAAUACCUGUGACAGAGACUUGCUAGUCAGAAG